GCCAGCAGCACUGUCAUGAACAUCCUCUUCCGCUUCGGCGAGAGGCACAACCUUACCUUCGCCUUCCCUGUGGGGGGUGGCAACCAGCUCUUCUACCCCCACCACUUCUUGGCCAAGUUCGUGCAGGGCUUCUCCCCCAGGAGCCCUCGGCGGUUCAACAUCCUCUGCCACCACAUGCGGUUCCUGCAGCCGGAGGUGCAGAAAGUGGUGUCCAGCUCGGCCGUCUACUUCUCCAUCCUGAGGAACCCUGUGCAGCUCAUGGAGUCCUCCUUCUCGUACUACAGGGGCAUGGCGGCAUUCUCCCGCGCCCGCAGCCUGGAGGAGUUCCUCAGCCAGCCCUACCUCUACUACGACCCCACGGACAGCAACAGACACUAUGCCAGGAACCUCAUGACAUUCGACUUCGGCUUCAACCCCGAUGGAGAGGUCUCAGCCAAGCGGGUGCAACUCAUGCUGAAGGCCAUUGAGGCGUCCUUCGACUUGCUCCUCAUCUCCGAGUACUUCGAUGAGUCCAUGGUGCUGCUGAAGGAGAUGCUGUGCUGGGACCUGGACAGUGUCGUCUCCUUCCCGCUCAACAUCAGGGACAGCAGCACCAAGUCCCGCCUUUCGGACACGAUCGUGGAGAAGAUAAAGGAGUGGAACAGGCUGGACUGGGAAAUCUACACCCACUUCAACAGGACCUUCUGGGAAAGGAUCGACCGAGACUUCGGCAGGGAGCGUAUGCGUCGGGAAGUCCGGGCGCUUCGGGAGAGGCAGGAGGAGUUGGCGAGGACCUGUCUGCAAGGGAUGGGCAGCGUGGCCCCCAAGGACAUCAAGGACUCUUCCCUGCGGCCGCUGCAGCACGGAAGUGCGAAGAUCUUGGGCUACAACAUCAAACAGGGCUUGGACAAGGAAACGGAGCACAUGUGCCGGCGGCUGGUGACGCCGGAGCUGCAGUACAGCAGUGCGCUCUACAAGAAGCAGUUUGCCCAGAAGCCGCCCCAGACCCACCAGCCCACUCCCUCUCGGCUGGGCAAUGCCCGGUGGCACAGGCUGGAGGGCACCCAAAACUGAGCCUCUGUGCCCCCACCAGGCAUUGUUCUUUGCUGAGGACAGUGAGGGGUUUGUCUCCUGGGCUGGGGGGCUGCUCCUGCCCUGGAGCGGGCGGGCUGGGACAUUGCUGCCCACUGGAGACCCUGGUCACCUCUGCUGUGCAGGGCCCUG